CUCUCCACCAUGGAGAACAAGUUUGCAACCCAUUACGAUGCUGUAGAACAGCAGCUCAAAUCCAGUACCAUUGGAUUGGUCACACUGACAGAAAUGAAGUCCUUGCUCCGUAGGCAAAGCAAGAAGACGUCGUAAAGGAACGGGAGAGACAGUUGGCUCAGAAACAGAAGGAGAAGGAACUGCAGCGCAUGAGAGAGAUUCAGAAGAAAAGGGAACAGCAGGAAAAACAGAAGAGACAGAUUGCAGCCCUAUCUUUCCGCUUGGAGGAUGGAGAGGAAGACGAGGAGGAGGAGAAGGAGGAGGAAGAAAGUGAGGAAGAGCAAAACGAAACAGACGAAGAGGAGGAUCUAGAAGAGCCAUCCAUCAAGAAAAAAAAGCUGGGGAAGAAUCCCGACGUAGACACGAGCUUUCUGCCAGACAGGGAGCGUGAAGAGGACGAGAAGAGGGUUCGAGAGGAGCUCCGUAUGGAGUGGGUGCAGAAGCAAGAAUGCCUGAAGAACGAGGACAUUGAGGUGACCUUCAGCUACUGGGACGGGUCUGGCCAUCGACGCAUGGUGAAGAUGAAGAAAGGCAACAGCAUCUACCAGUUUCUACAGAAAUGCCUGGAGCUGCUCCGAAAAGAAUUCUACGAGCUCCGGGCGGUGACUGCGGAUCAGCUGAUGUACGUCAAAGAAGACUUAAUAAUCCCCCAUCAUUACACGUUUUACGACUUCAUCGUGACAAAGGCCAGGGGCAAGAGCGGGCCGCUGUUUGCGUACGACGCGCGCGAAGACGUCCGACUCACGAACGACGCUUCGAUAGAAAAAGAGGAAUCCCACGCGGGCAAGGUGUUGCUCCGAACUUGGUACGAACGCAACAAGCACAUCUUCCCGGCGUCCCGCUGGGAACCCUACGAUCCCACACGGACCUACGAUAAGUACACCAUCUCUGAUCGGAACAAGUGACCCAGCGGGUGUGCGCGUCAAGCUUUCACGGCAGGACAUUGAAAAUGUGUGGUGAAGUGCUCGUAUUGUUAGGUGCCUGUAAAUACAUAGAACAUUAUUUUUA